GAAAGGAGCCUUCAGAGAAGUAGGGGUGAAGGUAGGCUUGCUGAUAGCCGACGAAGUCACAGACUCGACGACUGAAGCAACAGAGGACGAAGCAUCGACGGCGGAGUCCUCAAGGUCCUCAAGCACGUCUGCGCGGGAAACAGCGGCGCAAAGGCCAACGGCGAGGAUGUUUUGGAACUUCAUCUCGAAUCAAUCAACAAGUCAAGUCAAGCAAAGAAAGACAACGAGACCAAUCGUCGAGAGAAAGACUGGCCUUAAAGAAAGAACCUUCACAUGCCCCCGCUUACGACCGAACUCCAUCGAAGACUUUCAAUCUAUUUCUACCGCAAACACCGUUUGCUGCUGCUUACACCGGCUCGUGAGAUCCAACACGUGUCUUGUUUCAUUUCAACUAUUUUGCGAGGACAAGACCUUUAAAAUCGAUCACACAUUCCGGGUACCUUAUCACUGGCUUGGAAAGAAGGAAGCGCGGCUUGCACUCUCUCCCGGCGGGCUUGCUCACUUCCGGCGAGGCUGGGGAUCAGCGUCCAUCAAAGUAAUUUUAGUCAUCAAUAUUUGUCUCAGCAACCACUGCUCCGCCCGGCUUAUAUACCAGAUCCAACACCCAGCAGAUCGUUGAACAUUUGUCGUAUCUUUGCAAUCAACCAACGUAUGGCUUCUGGCCGGCUGCUUUCUGAAUUGUCAAACCUCACCUCCGACUUCUGAACCAAACGUUCAAAACAUGUUCUCCUUCCAUUCGGCACGCUCCUCGUUUGUGAUGCAUGGUCUGUACAUGCG